GUAGCUUUCAGUUUACGUCCAUUCACUCAGUUGAGAGCUUGCGGUGUGUCUCUCACAGCAAAAGAUUUUCGCGUGUUUUUUUUUCUCGCUUCUGCGUGCGUGACCCUCUAUGCUGGUGCUUUUAGUUACAUCUCCUGCCACCCUCUGAAUUUCUUCUCUUGCCCAAAAAUCAGGUAAAAAAAAAAUUCAAAGGCAGAGAAGAUGGUGAUCUGGAUUCACAGUGCUUAUUAAAAAAAAUCCAUUAACACAAAAAAAAAUUAAUUUUCCUACUAACAAAUCUCGGGAAUUUCCUCCAAGAGUGGGAAAUUCUCUUGGAGCUAAAUAGAGCGUAAAGAAUAGAAAACUAACAUCUUGGGCGGGAGUUUUGGGGGCUCUUCUGCUAACACAAAAAAAAAUGGAGGACAAUCGAUCUAUCGACAUGGAGGCGCCGGAAUUCAAGGAUUUUGCCAAGGAAAUGGUGGAUUAUAUUGCCAACUACCUGGAAAAUAUUCGCGACAGGCGUGUACUUCCCACCGUUCAGCCUGGGUACCUGAGGCCCCUGAUUCCCGAUGAGGCUCCCCAAAAGCCCGAGCAGUGGCAAGAUGUGAUGGCAGACGUGGAGCGUGUGAUCAUGCCCGGAGUCACGCACUGGCACAGCCCACGCUUUCACGCGUACUUUCCCACCGCAAACUCCUACCCAGCCAUCGUGGCGGAUAUGCUGAGCGGCGCCAUUGCCUGCAUUGGCUUCACUUGGAUCGCCAGCCCAGCUUGCACAGAACUGGAGGUCGUGAUGCUAGACUGGCUGGGAAAGAUGCUGGAUCUCCCUGAGGAAUUCCUCGCGUGCUCUGGUGGAAAAGGUGGCGGCGUGAUUCAGGGCACAGCCAGUGAGGCAACACUUGUGGCUCUUCUGGGCGCCAAAGCGAAGACAAUGAAGCGCGUGCGGGAGGAACAUCCAGACUGGGAUGAGGCGACAAUUGUCUCAAAGCUCGUUGGAUACUCCUCAAUUCAGUCGCAUUCAUCGGUGGAACGUGCAGGAUUGCUGGGUGGCGUCAAGUUGCGCUCCCUGAAGGCAGAUGAGAAGAAUAGCCUCCGCGGGGAGACCCUCGAGGCGGCAAUUAAGGAAGAUUUGGCUGCUGGAUUAAUUCCCUUCUAUGCUGUAGCCACACUGGGGACCACAAACUCCUGUGCUUUUGACUGUCUCGAAGAAAUUGGACCAGUUGGGAAUAAAUACGACGUGUGGGUUCAUGUGGACGCUGCUUAUGCUGGUUCAGCAUUCAUCUGCCCCGAGUACAGGUACUUAAUGAAGGGCAUUGAAACGGCGGAUUCGUUCAACUUUAAUCCCCACAAGUGGAUGCUGGUGAACUUUGACUGCUCCGCAAUGUGGCUGAAGGAUCCCCGUUGGGUGGUGGAUGCCUUCAAUGUGGAUCCUCUCUAUCUCAAACACGACAUGCAGGGCUCAGCUCCAGACUACCGUCACUGGCAGAUUCCACUCGGGAGGCGCUUCCGUGCCCUGAAGCUGUGGUUCGUCCUCCGCCUGUAUGGCAUUGAGAAUCUCCAGGCGCACAUUCGGCGUCACUGUGGCUUUGCCAAGCAAUUCGAAGCUCUCUGCCGUGCUGACAAUCGCUUCGAGAUUGUGGGUGAUGUAAAUAUGGGGCUGGUGUGCUUCCGCCUCAAGGGUAGCAAUGAGCUCAAUGACACCCUCCUGAAGCGCAUCAAUGGGCGCGGGAAGAUUCAUCUCGUACCCUCCAAGAUUAACGACGUCUUCUUCCUCCGUAUGGCCGUUUGCUCGCGCUUCACCGUCUCCCAGGACAUGGAGUUCUCCUGGCGAGAGGUGGCGGCUGCUGCUGAUGAAGUACUCGCCGAUAAGACCAUGAAGAACGGACAUGCCUAAAAAAUGCGAGCAUAUUAAAAAAAAAACGUUAUUUAUGAAGUAACACUUUGAAUCGAUGGGAACAAUUUUUCUUUUCUUGUAGAAUUAAGAGACAAUAAAAGCUUUUUGUGUAGCGUUAA